AUGUCCAACGCGGAACCGCCCUCCUACGAGCAGGCCACGGGGUCUACGUCGUUUGCCCGUCGCGAAAGGAACGGCAUUACGCCCCAGGCUCGCCGGAGUAUCGAGGAUGAGUCGCGGCCACUGCCAGACGGCUGGGUUCGGACCUUUGACCCCGUGUCGAAACACCAGUUCUUCGUGGAUACCAGAGCCGACCCACCCCGGUCCAUCUGGCACCACCCUUACGAUGACGAAGAGUACAUGAACUCCGUGUCGCCCGAGGAGCGACAGCACCUCGGCGGCAUCAUGCGCUGUCCCAGCAAGGAGGACAUAUCCGCCGAGACAACGGACGAGGAAGGCGACGAUCAUGCCCACGGCUCCCGGGGAAAGCAGCCGCUCGGGACGGCCUCGUCGAGCCAUGCCAGGGGCAGCCGAGGCCUGGGUCGCCGGAUGAAGGACAAGCUUACGGGGACGACCCAUGAACAGCGCGCCGCUGAGCGUCAGCGACGAGAGCAGCAGGAACGAGACAUGUAUCGCCAACAUCAGAUCUUCCGUCGUGGUCUAGAGGCAGCCUUGAACUCUGGCCAGCCGCAGUACCUGGGAGAAGACGACAAUGGGGUACCAGUAUACCUCGAGCCCCCCGGAUUUAAUCCGGGAAUUCGAGUUCGGAGGGUUGCAAGGCUUAGCCCUUACAUACAAGAGAUAUUCUACGAACCUCCGGGUCCAGUACCGAGCGGAGCAAGGUACGUGAGACCAGAUGAACUAUAUACGGGUUAUGGUGCCUAUGGCAGACCUGGUACUGCUUAUAACAGGCCAUACGGAUAUGGAUAUGGCGGUGGCAUCGGGAUGAUGCCACUUGCUGCACCUUUGUUUGGUGGAAUGCUCCUGGGUGGUCUGCUCUUCUAA